GCAGGAGCGCCUCCCGUUUAGGCGCGCGAGGAAUUUCAAACGUCCGGGGAGGGCGAAAAGGAGCGGGGCUUAUAAAGGGGGAGGGGGAAGGCGGAUGAAUCAGGCGUCGGCGCCGCUGGUGCCGCCCGGCGCGAUCGCCGCUUGGCGCAUAACGGAUCUGAGCCACGGCAAAUUGGUGCCCUAAAUAAAGUUUUGCUGAGACGUUCUCUGAUUGGCUGCUGAGGUUGGACCACGCCCCUCAUCUGAGGGGCGGAAUCGCCGGGUGAGCCUCCAUGGCCCAGGACCUGGUGACGCUGCAAGCCGAGGUGGAUCGACUGGCAGCCGAAUUGCGGGAGGCGACACAGGAGAAGGUCCAGGCGGCGGAAUACGGGCUGGCUGUGCUGGAGGAGAAUGGCGAGCUCAAGCAGCAUUGUGGUGAGCUGGAAGGUCAGCUGGAAAGUAUGCGGUUGGAGAUGACCCACAUGAAGGAGGCCCUGGCAGAGUCGCACAGCGUUCAGAAAAGGGCCGCAGCCGACGGGGAGAGCCGAGAAGAGCAUCUUCUACGAGAGGCGGCCUCCAAGGAGGCUCGCUUGAACCAGUACAUUGAGGAGCUGCAGGGGGAUGUGAAGCACCUGAGAUCCCAACUGGAGAGCAGCGUGGUGGAGAGCAAAGGGCUCAGGGUGGCCGUGCAGGACCUGAGGAAGGUAACUUGGCAUGGACAGAGAACUGGGCCGUUGCUCUGUGGGUUCUCUACAGUGUUGCAAACCUGCCGAGCAGCGUUGCUCUGACCGUUCGCUAGCUGCUGCAAGCCCUGUUUUAACCUGAGCAGGUCUGGCAGCAGCAAAAUCGGGACCCUUGGCCUGGGCUGAA